AUGAAUCCAGAAUACGAUUACCUUUUUAAACUCCUUUUGAUCGGUGAUUCUGGUGUUGGUAAGUCUUGUUUGCUCCUCCGAUUUGCUGACGAUACAUACACGGAAAGUUAUAUUAGCACCAUUGGUGUGGAUUUUAAAAUUCGUACUAUUGAACUUGAAGGAAAAACCGUAAAAUUACAAAUUUGGGAUACUGCAGGUCAAGAACGAUUCCGAACUAUUACUUCUUCUUACUAUCGUGGCGCUCAUGGAAUCAUUGUCGUUUAUGAUGUGACCGAUCAAGAUACUUUUGUCAAUGUGAAACAAUGGCUUCAAGAAAUUGAUCGUUAUGCUUGCGAAGGUGUCAAUAAAUUAUUAGUAGGAAAUAAGAGUGACUUGCAGAACAAGAAAGUAGUAGAUUAUGCAGCAGCGAAGGAAUUUUCUGAUCAAUUAAGUAUUCCUUUCUUGGAAACAUCUGCAAAAAAUGCAACGAAUGUCGAACAAGCCUUUUUAACAAUGGCUAAGCAAAUUAAAGACAGAAUGGGCACAACAACUGUCUCUCCCGGCGGUGCUCCUAAGCAAACAGUAAGAGUUGGACAAGGAACAUCAGUACCACAACAAUCCAGUGGUGGUUGUUGUUGA